AUGUCAUUAUCAUUAAUUGAUUCACAUUCAUUAUCAUCAAUAGGAACAAAUUCUAUACUUUUAUCACAUGUUCGUACAAUAGUUAAAUUUUAUAUAUGGCCAUUACUUGUAGCAUUUGGUUUAACAGGUAAUUGUUUAUCAAUAAUUGUUUUAACUCGACGACGUCUUAUAAGAACAAGUACAAAUAAUUAUUUAACAGUCUUAGCUGGAUGUCAUUCAUGUUAUUUAAUUUUUACACUUUUACUUAAUUUUGGUUCACAUCCAAAAUUUUUUCAUUAUUCAUUAAUUCAAAUAUUUUUAUAUAUUUUACGUCCAUUAGCAGAUUUUUCAUCAAAUACAGCUACAUGGUUAAUUGUUUGUUUUACACUUGAACGUACAUUAGCUGUAGCUAAACCAAUAUAUGCUAAACGUACAUGUUCAGUACGACGUUCACGUCAUUUAAUAUGUACAUUAUUAAUAAUAUGUUUACUAAUAACAUUACCAAGAUUUUUUGAAAAAAAUUUAAUAUCUAUAAAUUAUAAUAAUGAAAUGAAAUCUAAUUUAACAGAAUUAAACAAUAUAUCGAAACAACAAAAAUUUUUUUUUAAUCUUCAUCGUUUAUAUUUAGUAUUUAUAUGUAUUAUUAUUAUAUGGAUACCAUUACUUUUAGUUUGUAUAUGUAAUUCAAUUCUUAUAUGGCAUGUUCAUCGUUCACGUCAUUUUAAUAAUGAUCUUCAAACAAAUAAUCUCUAUGAAUCUUAUCAUAAUUUAUCAGUUUCAAGAAAUAAAUUAGAAUAUUCAAAUAAAUCUCAAUUAACAUUAAAAAAACAAAAUAGAUUCUAUUUACGUCGUCAUUGUCGUUCAAUAGUUCAAAAACGUCGAGUAACUAUGAUAUUAAUAUUUUGUUUAUUUGUUGCACUCUUAUUUUGGACACCACAAAGUUUAUCACUAACAUAUGAAACAUUAAUUGAGAAUUAUUCAAAUAUGUCACAUGAACAUCGAAUUAUUUUACUUAUAUUUAAUAAUUUUUCAAAUUUAUUUCUUUGUAUAAAUGCAUCAACUGAUUUCAUAUUAUAUUGUUUUUUAUCUGAAAAAUUUGCUCGAACAUGUAAACAAAUUAUUUUUCGUCAAUAUUCAAAUCAUCAUUUGAUAAGAAGAGAACGUACUCGUUUAGUAUCAUUUGAUCGUACAUCAUUUAUUAUACCAAAUAUAUCAAGAAAUUUUUAUCAACGACAAUUAGCAGCUAAUACAACUGAUAAAUAUUAUCUACGAUUAUAUGGUUUUUAUCAUAAUUCAUUAAAUUUUCAAAGUAAUCAAAAUAAAAAAUGGAAAACAAAAUUUGUUUAUCCAAUAGCAAUAAAUAUCAAAACUGAUGAUCAUAUAUUUUAUCGAAAAACUUUAUUACAAAAAAACCCAAGACUACAAUAUACUAAAUCAUGUACAAACCCAUUGAAUGAAAUAUCAAAUCUAGUAUUAGAUUAUAUGGAUAAAAAUUGCGUGAAUAAUAAUACUAAUUCUUCGAUAAAUAAUUUGGCAAUGAAUUCACCUAAACGAUUUUAUUCAGAAUCAGUAUUAAAUGUGUAG